UAGGACUGGUAUGGUAUUCACGCAUUAUAAUUAAAUUUGAAAUAUCGUUUAAAAAUCUUCAACCUCUUAACUAGUAACUAUACUAAUUAGUAAUUAGCGAUAGUCUCGAGGAGUCUAAUCCUGUGUUGUUCAUGGAUUUAUUGGAUUCUCGUUAAAAAGUGUAAAAAGCCACUUUAAAUUAUGUCGACGAUUUUCGCUGCCCGACAAUUUUCCACUUCUUCCGUUAGCAAUCACAUAAUGAAACUAACCCGCCUGCGUGUGGUCGACAACAGCACAAUUGGCAAGCAAGCAAUGGCUGAAGGUAAACCCCCACGUUGCAUACACGUUUACAAUAAGAAAGGUAUCGGAACGAUCGGUGACAAAAUAAUGGUUGCCAUCAAGGGUGAAAAAGUAAAAGCUAUCAUUGUUGGCUGUGUCAAGGAACAGAAACCCAAUAUUCCCAGGUUUGACAGCAACAAUAUAGUGUUGAUUGAUGAUAACGGCACACCACUUGGAACACGUAUAAAUGUUCCAAUUCCAAUUGUCCUUAGGACUAUAUUAAAAGAAAAAACUUUCUCAAAAGGAGCUGAUUACACUAAAUUGUUGGCUAUWGCUUCAACUUAUGUGUAAAUAGUAGUUUUAGGUAUAUAUAUAAAUUUAGYUGUAUAUUUUUUCAAUGUUAUUUGUGUACUGUAAGAAUAAAAAUGUAUUAGA